GGGACGUGGCGGCGGCGGGGCGCACGGGGGCGCCGCCGGGGCCCGCGCAGGCCGAUCGGCGAACAUGGCGGCGGGCGGCCGGGACACCCUACCUGAGCACUGGUCCUACGGCGUGUGCAGCGACGGCCGCGUCUUUUUCAUCAAUGACCAGCUCCGCUGCACGACCUGGCUACACCCGCGCACCGGGGAGCCCGUCAACUCGGGCCACAUGAUCCGCUCAGAUCUGCCUCGCGGCUGGGAAGAGGGCUUCACGGAGGAGGGCGCCAGCUACUUCAUUGACCAUAACCAACGGACCACGGCCUUCAGGCAUCCUGUGAGUGGGCAGUUUUCUCCAGAAAAUAGCGAAUUUUUUCUUCAAGAAGAGCCAAACCCACAUAUGUCGAAGCAAGAGCAAAACCAAAGGCCAUCCAGCAUGGUCAGCGAGACGUCCACAGCGGGGACCAGCUCCACACUGGAGGCGAAGCCCGGCCCUAAGAUCAAGCCCAGCAAUAAAGUCCACAGCUUUGGGAAGAGGGACCAGGCCAUUCGGAGGAACCUCAAUAUUCCAGUGGUGAUGAGGGGCUGGCUACACAAGCAGGACAGUUCUGGUAUGAGGCUAUGGAAAAGGCGGUGGUUUGUGCUGACUGAUUACUGCUUGUUUUAUUACAAAGAUAGCCGAGAAGAAGCCGUCCUUGGAAGCAUCCCUCUGCCCAGCUACGUGGUCUCUCCGGUGACCCCCGAAGAUCGCAUCAGCCGCAAGUAUUCCUUUAAGGCCGUGCACACGGGGAUGCGAGCCCUCCUCUCCAGCAGUGGCGUGGGGGGCUCCCCAGCUGAGCAGUCAGGCAUGAGGACCUACUACUUCAGCGCCGACACUCUGGAGGACAUGAACGCCUGGGUCCGGGCCAUGAACCAGGCUGCACAGGUGCUGUCUCGAGCGUCACUCAAGAGGGAGAAGGUGGAGCGACAGGCCGUGCCCCAGACCAACCACACUGAGUCCUGCCACGAGUGUGGCCGCAUGGGGCCUGGCCAUACGAGAGACUGUCCUCUUCGCAACCCCGAGGACUCCUUCGGCUUCGAGAGGCGGGAGCAAGAGGAGGAACAGCAGCGGUACCGCCUGCAGAGGGACUUAUCCGAGGGCAAGCGGGACAGGAGCAGGGCCCGGCCCUUGUACUCCCCCGUGGAGGACGACGCCCCAUUGGUGGAUUUCACCGGCAGCCUGAGAGGCCAGCAGCCCCAGCCCCAGAGGGCAGAGAGGAACGGGCUGCCGCCUGGCACAUACGGCCCGGGAGAGGUCAAUGGGACAGCCGGUUACCAGCGGGCCUUUGCUCCCAGAGCCAACCCUGAGAAGCACGGGCAGAGGAAGAGCAACCUGGCCCAGGUGGAACAGUGGGCCAAGGCCCAGAAGGGGGACAUCCGGAGCCUGCCCCUGGACCAGACGCUCCCCCGCCAGGGCCCCAGCCAGCCCCUGUCCUUCCCUGACAGCUACCAGACUCUUCCCAGAAGCAGCCGGCACCCCUCGGGGAGCUCAUCGCCCCCGCCCCGCAACCUGCCCAGCGACUACAAGUACGCGCAGGACCGGGCCAGCCACCUGAAGAUGUCCAGCGAGGAGCGCCGGGCGCACCGGGACGGCACCGUGUGGCAGCUCUACGAGUGGCAGCAGCGCCAGCAGUUCCGGCACGGCAGCCCCACGGCACCCAUGGGCGCCGGCUCCCCGGAGUUCGCCGAGCAGGGCCGGAGCAGGAGCCUGCUGGAGGUGCCCCGCUCCAUCUCCGUGCCCCCAUCGCCCUCCGACCUCCCGCCCCCAGGGCCGCCCCGCAUCCCCCCGGCCCGGCGGCCACACACACCCGCCGAGAGGGUCACCGUGAAGCCGCUGGAGCAGAGGAGGAGCAUGGACAGCACCCUGGGGGACUCGCCCAGGAAGGUCCGGGGCCAGGGCACCAAGAACUCCUUGCAUGUGGACCGCCGCUCCAUGCCCUCCAUGGGGUACAUGACCCACACCGUCAGCGCCCCCAGCUUACACGGCAAGUCGCUGGAGGAGCUCUCCCUGCUUCUCGGCCGGCUGCGGCGGCACCAGGCCAAGCUGGCCAGCGUGCGCAAUUUCGCCGUGAGCCAGUUACUGCAGCGCGAGCUGACCUUUCCCACCUGCCAGGCUGAUGAUACCUACCUCCAGCUGAAGAAAGACCUGGAGUACCUGGACCUCAAGAUAAAAAAUAAUGAACCUUUGAUCAACGUGCUUUACAAAGUGCUGAAGAAGUCAGCACGGGGCUGUCGGCCCAGGAGAAGCAUGACAGGCCGGGACCUGAUCAAGGAGCGAAGUCUGAAGCCCAUGAAAAUUGCUGAGAGCGACAUCGACGUCAAACUCAGCAUCUUCUGCGAACAAGACCGGGUCCUGCAGGACUUGGAAGACAAGAUCCGAGCUCUCAAGGAGAACAAAGACCAGCUGGAGUCGGCGCUGGAGGUGUUGCACCGACAGACGAAGCAGCCCCAGGAGCAGCCGCAGCACCUGGAGAAGGUUGCCUACCAGCAGAGGCUGCUGCAGGAGGACCUCGUCUACAUCCGGGCCGAGCUCUCCCGGGAGUCCACGGAGAUGGAGAACGCCUGGAACGAGUACCUGAGGCUGGAGAGUGACGUGGAGCAGCUGAAGCAGGCGCUGCAGGAGCAGCACAAACGAGCCUUCUUCUUCCAGGAGAAAUCGCAGCUGCAGAAGGACCUGUGGCGGAUUGAGGACGUCCUGGCGGGCCUGAGCGCAAACAAGGAGAACUUCAGAGUCCUUGUGGACUCGGUCAAGAAUCCAGAGAGAAAAACGGUGCCUUUGUCCCCUCAUCCGCCUGUGCCUUCGCUCUCGGCUCCCGAGAACAAGCCGCCCCCGCUGCCCAGCCCGCCCACCAGCCCUGCCCGGACCCCACUGGAGGUCCGGCUCUUCCCCCAACUGCAGCCGUACGUGCCCUAUCGGCCUCACCCGCCCCAGCUGCGGAAGGUGACGUCGCCACUGCAGUCUCCCACCAAGUCCAAGCCCAAAGCCGAAGAUGAGGCUCCCCCGAGACCCCCGCUCCCCGAGCUCUACAGUCCCGAGGACCAGCCCCCGGCCGUGCCGCCGCUGCCCCGCGAGGCCACUGUCAUCCGGCACACGUCAGUGAGGGGCCUCAAGCGGCAGUCGGACGAGAGGAAGCGCGACCGGGAGCAGGGCCAGUGCAACGGGGACGCGAGGGUGGAGCUCCGGUCCUACGUGAGCGAGCCAGAGCUGGCGAUCUUAGUUGGGGACGUGGCCCAGCCGUCCUCGGGCCUCGGGAGCCCCGAGAGCAGGUACCAGACGCUGCCCAGCAGAGGUCUCUCAGGGUCCACCUCACAGCUGCAGCAGUCAUCCUCCAUCGCGCCCUACGUGACCCUGCGGAGGGGCCUCGGUGCCGACAGCAGCAAGAUGACCUUCCCUAGACCCAAGAGUGCCUUGGAGCGGCUGUACUCAGGGGACCACCAGCGGGGCAGGAUGAGCGCCGAGGAGCAGCUGGAGCGCAUGAAGCGGCACCAGAAGGCGCUGGUCCGAGAGCGCAAGAGGACACUGAGCCAGGGCGAGAGGCCGGGCCCACCGCCCUCGUCCCGCUACCUCGGCCACACGCUGCCCGGAGAUCUUGGCUCAUGGAAACGUGAGCAGGACUUCGACUUGCAGCUGCUGGAACGGGCCGUGCCAGGGGACAGGAAGGAGCAGGAGGAGAACGGCUGGCUGAAGGUGCGCGCUGUCCCCGUCACCGAGCUGGACCUGGAGCCGCAGGACUAUGACCUGGACAUCAGCAGAGAGCUGUCCAAGCCCGAGAAGGUCCCCAUCCCUGAGCGCUAUGUGGACCUGGACCCCGAGGAGCCGCUCAGCCUGGAGGAGCUGCAGGCGCGGUACCGGAAAGCUGAGAAGAUCCGCAACAUCCUGGCCCGGUCCAGCGUGGGCAGCCUGCAGCCCGCGGCCGCCCAGGACCGCAGCAGCUUGACGGACGUGGGCUCGCAGCUGCAGGAGCAGGAGCGCAUCAUCAACAUCUCCUACGCGCUGGCCUCCGAGGCCUCGCAGCGCAGCAAGCAGGUGGCAGCCCAGGCAACCACUGACCCGUGAGCCCGUGUGCCGAGGAGACAGCCGAAGCCGGGGUGCAGAGGAGACAGAGCAGGCUGCCAGCCGCAGGGUCCUCGCCAGAGGGGCCACGUCCCGACACAAUGCCCCCUCCCCUUACUCCCCCCCCCGUGGGAAAAAGAAAGACUUGUUUUAGUGCAGAUUCCUUUUUACCUAUGACCAAGGCACUUUUGAUACAUGCUGUAAAAUACUGACACUGUAUUUUAGAAAUCAGAAUCUAUUUUAUCACGUUGACCUCAAGGGCUGAGUGGCUGGGAAGGAUGCGGGCAUGGGGAGCCACACAUCCGGAUUCAGGGACCCUUUGGGUGGCAGGUAGGGAAGGGGAGGAGAGGGACCCACCAUCGGGGUUGGAUAGUGUGCCCCGACGGGCGG